GUCAUUUAGAGGUAACCUUGCUGAUAAGAGAUCGCAAAGCUUCAAAUGCACGCAAGUUCUCAGAUCUAAUCAAAGAUGGUUUUUCCUGGUCUAUGCAUCGUUUUCCUUUUAUCCUUGCUCCGGACCUCUUUGUGUGUAUCGGAAGGCUGGAUUUUACAUGUUACGGAUUUCCACUGGGACCGUUCCUAUUCUAGCAAUGAUCUCUCUUGCAAUGGCGUCGUGAACACCCAUGGCAUGUAUGGGGACUACUGGUGCGACUCGCCAUUCUCUCUCAUUGAUGUUACAAUGAAAGCUAUGAAGAACGCGACGUUAGAUAAAGAAGUGGAUUUCAUGCUAUGGACUGGUGAUAGCGUACUUCAUACACCUGAUGAGAACCUGAGCAUAAACGAGAACAUCGACAUUCUCACAAACCUCACAGGCCAACUGCAGGAGGCAUUCCCAACAAUGGACGUCUACGCCACCUACGGAAACCAUGACUACUUCCCUAGCAACCAGUACCCUCCGCAUAACAACGAAAUCUACAAUAGGACGCUGGAACAUUGGAGAACAUGGAUCAACGAUAGUACGCAGGAAACCAACUUCCUGAAAGGUGCCUAUUACACACUUAAAACAAAGUACGGGAUGAGGAUAUUGGCCUUGAACACCAAUCUGUACUACACGUCUGACAAAGUGACCACACACAUGGACGACCCCGCCGAUCAGUUCGUGUGGAUGGAAGGAAUUCUGAUGCAGGCCAGAAGGGACCACGAAAAGGUAUUGGUUACCGGACAUGUUCCCCCGGGUAUUGCUGCAGAGGGAGGAAGACCCUGGUUCUACCAACAUUUCAAUACUCGUAUGGUGCACAUAUUACAACAAUACAGUGACGUCAUCAUCGGGCUUCACUUUGGUCAUGAGCAUGCUGACACGUUUAGAAUAUUCUAUGAUCAUUCUGGACGACCGGAAAUGACGCUGUACGUAGCCCCUUCUGUAACUCCUUGGAGAUACAAAAUUCCCUCGGCAACCGGUCCAAAACACAAUCCGUCGUUCCGCCUCAUCAAGUAUGACAGGACAACAGGGCGCCAUUUAGACUUGGUUCAAUACUACAUGGACCUUCCCGAAAGUAAUAAACAGGGCAGACCAAUAUGGAGCAUCGCUUACACAGCCACCAAAGACAUGGGCGUCCCUGACAUUUCUCCAGCAUCCAUGGAUGGUUUCGCAACUCGAACCAAAAAUCCAAACGGUCCGGAGUUCCAAAAUCACCUUAGGUGGCGAAAUGCCAAUGCCGAAGUGAUGCCGUGUGAUGCGCUAUGCCAUUCGCUGAUUUUCUGUAACUUCUUUAAGGUUCACGAUCACGAUUACAAAACGUGUUUACGUGACACGCAGCAUUAUACAGCAUCCAUAUUUGGGAAAAGAAAAUAGUUUAUUUUGUUUGUAUCAUUAAAUUUUUAACAAAAUCCAAAA